CCAUCUGUAAGCUAUCAGUUAAAACUACGAAUAGUGCAGCUGUUUUAUUCUUGAACUCCCAUUCUAAUCUCUUCACCCCGCUUCACGCGCGGCGGGUGUGUGUGUGUGUAUCUGCACCUUCCAGUACAGCUACAGUUCCAUCUACGGAUACUCACGAAAAAUUAUUCUCACUGUGCGGGUCGAAAGUCAGAGUAGUAUUCCCGGUUCCAUUCGGAUUUUGAUUUGUUUCGAAAAUAUGACGAUGUUGCCCAACAAACUGCUCCCCUUUGUAUUUGUUAUAACUGCACUUGAAAGAACGACAUGUCAGAUCUUCUCAAGCCAGCAGGAGGACGAAGGGUCACAAUUUCCAAGGUACCCAGGAGAUGCAGGAGGAACUUGGUAUCCACGUCCAGGAGGACCGGGAGCACCUGGGGGAGGCUUGCCAGGUCCAUUGCCAGGAGGUCGUGGAGGAGGUUUUCCAGCAGGUCCAGUAGGACCAGGAUCACCGGGAGCUAGAGGUAACUACCCAGGGAGACCAGGAGCCAUUGGAGGGAGGGGAAUGCCCCCACCUGCACCUGGCCUCCAUACAGGAGCUGUCGCAUCAGGACCGGUAUUUCCACCAAUUGGCAGUGAAUUAGGAACCAGUGAUGGAGAUCCAGGUCCCCAGCCAAGUUUUCAGGAAGGAGAAGGAUGGGGAGCUCUACCCUCUGACUUCGAUCCAGGUCUCGAAAUGGGAGACCCCGAUUUGGCUGGAAGUAGUCAUGGGGUGGAUCCAGCCAUUGGGCCAUACUCAUCAAGUCCGCUAUACGACAGUGGAGACGGACGAGGAGCAAGUAUCAACGAUGGAUUUCACCAUGACUCGACUGGAGAUCACAUACACAGCGACGAUGCUGCAGGAACUGACGACAAUGGCUCGAACAGAGGCACAAACUCCGGAUUAAAGCCUGGAGAGCAAGAAUCCGUCAAAAGUCUUGGAAUCCGUCAAAAUAUGACCGCACCAGGGACAAAAGACGAUGACUUCAAUUACGUUGGAAUGUAUAUAACUGUAGCUGUCUUCAUUACAUUCAUGGUUACCUUGGUCGCCAUUGCUCUUAUUCGUGGUCCACAAGGCCCAUUUAAGACCAAACGAACAGAAGAGGAGAUUGCAAGGGGCCUCGACGGUGGACGAACGGCGGGGAACGUCAUCGUGUUGUCAGACGGCGUAGAGACGCGGACAGAUGCGCAGUGGGAGCAACAACCGCUGCGCGCUGAAUGCAACGACGCGGUUGCGGAUGUCCGCGUUAAUUGCGAGGCUUCCGAAGAAGUCUCCGAGGGAUCAACGGCAGUUGCAAUGGCUGAUAUAGCAGACAAAGAAGAAGGCGUUUGAAUUAUGAAACGUUCAUCACUUAUCAUCACUGAACCAGCAUUCAAAAGAUCUGAAACUCGGUUGACAAACGUCCCUCCCGUACUUUGUCACGGUUGCGUAAAUGUAUAAGACUUUCUUCUCCUUGCUGAAGUUUUUUUUUCUUUUAUGGAGCUUAAUUCCUAUCUGGGUGUGUUUACCCAAAGUUUCUUUCUAUAUUUUGUUAUUAACUACAAUUGAGUUACGUUAUUUUAACAGCCACAACAUUUGCUUAGACAAAAAUCAGGUUGAAAAAAAAGAGAGUCUGGCAAAAAUGUUUUGGGACUAUAUAUCAAUACUAUAUUGAGCAAGAGGGGAAUGGUUUCUUCCAGUGUACUAAAAAUGGUGCAUCUCAACCACUUCAAGCUCAUCGAUCGCCGACAGAGUUUUUACUUCAUGGACAUCUUCCAGAAUACCUAUUAUGUUCUGCUCGUCUGCUAUCAAAAGUUUAGUUUAGCAUUAUUAUUAUCAUUACUAUUAUUAAAAUGAGUCGAGUUUCUUUGAAAUGGAACUCUUUUCUUCACUCGAUUUUAAGUACUAGUAACAUUUUUACUAUUAAAAUUCAGAUUAAUAUUCAAGCUUCGUAAUCAUGACCAUAGAUUGUUGUAGAGAUGUUGACAGUUAGGAUCAAUCCAGGUAAACGUGACCAAAGUACAAUUCUAACCUAUAGAAUCUCUGUGAUUAGCUGAUAGGUUCCAGAAUGUCAAGGUGACCAGACAUGAAAUACGUCUUUCUAGUUCAGUUACAAUAGUCAUGAUGAUAAUGUCCAGAUUGUAUGAUCUUUAAUGAGAAACAAAGGGUAUAUUACUAUGCGUUUUAUUCAGUGAUGUCCCCAAAGCAAUCAGUGUGCUUAUAAUGAGGGCUGGGGUAAUUCAAGAAUAAUUGGACUACAAAUUCCCUAUCAAGGCAAAGACCUUAACUCAAUGUUUUGCGUGAUCCUGACACUUUCAGUUUGCUGUUUGUAAGUAACCACGCAGACUUCACGCAAUAAGAGAUCCCUUGUCUUUUAACCAACUACUCUUAAACCGUAAUGAGUUUCUCUUAAACUAUGCACAUUUUAAGGCAAUAACAUUUGUAUUCUACAAAGAUUGGAUUUUAACUUAAGCUGAUGCGAAUAAAAAGAUACUGACUAUCUGAUUUAGCACCCGACAUGUUCAUAUUCCCAUUGAGCUCUCGAAACCGUGACGCAGAGCGCCUUCGGAGACAUAGAUAAUGUAUUGUCAAAUGCCUUUCAUGAUAAUGCAGUCUUUGUCAAGGGUUGGUGAAUCGAAACAGCAGAUUCGUCAUGAAUUCUGGACAAACGACAUACUUCCAAUUUUUCGUUAGCUGCGAAACGUUGGACGAAACUUCUGUUUCGAUUCACCAAUUUUCGACAAAGACGUUCCAGCUUUCCAUUAUUGACUUGUAUUUUCAAUAUAUUUGCUGUGUUCUAGGAUUUGUUUUACUUCGCGGUGUGAAAACGCCCUUUUCUCAACCUAACCUACAGCUUUAUAAAGCACCGCCUUAGAAAGGCCAAUACAGAUGCGGCGCUAAGGGAGGGGGCUUGCCCCCACCCCCCUUGCCACGCCUACAAAAAUACUACCUCAAUGCGCUUGUGAUUAAUGUUUUUGUGGCAACCUUGGCACCAAUUCUAGUUUCAUUCAGUUUGUUACUGCUUCCGUUAUAUUUCUUGAUGCAUGCCAAGGCUUGGAAGAUUUCUUGGAUUGAUUAAUUUUAUUGUCUCGGUCACUUCUUGAAAUGUUCUCUAUUUCAUGAUUUGAAAAUAAAAUCAUUUUCGAAAUG